AUGACUCGUGCUUGGAGAAAUCUGCCCUUUGCGCUCACCCGAGCAUGUCGUCGAUCAUACUCUGAGUCGGCAUCACACUUGCCAUCGCUUCCUCCUCAUGAAGAAUGGCGUCGGAUAUUCGACACAGCCAACAAUAUUAAGGAGCGAGCUUGCAUCAAACGAGUCGACACCGCUCGAUUGGUUGUAGAGUCUUUCCUUGGUGACAAAAGCCCAGCAGGUGGCGAAGACAAGGUAGUCAUAGAGGCCUUCCCAGGACCGGGGGCAUUGUCAAGAGCGCUGCUAGAGCUACCUCGCUCGAAAUUACGCAAGUUGAUCAUAUUGGAAGACAAUGCGGAAUACCUACCCCAUCUCAAGGCUCUAGAGCUGGUAGACACACGCGUACAUGUAGUCCCAUACUCCGGGUUCCUAUGGGACACGUAUACCUACCUAGAGGAUACGGGCCUACUGUCUGACAUUCAACCUGUACCCUGGGAGAACGGUAUUCAUCCAAACCUGCACUUCAUCAGCCACCUUCAGCGCAGCAUCAAAGGCGAACAGUUGAUUGCCCAACUCUUCCGCUGUAUACCGGACAGGACAUGGCUAUAUCGGUAUGGUAGAGUACCUAUGAGCUUCCUCAUGAGCGACUGGGUCAGGACGCGCAUGGCGGCGCCGCCCGGCAACUCGGUGCGAUGCAAACUUUCUGUCAUCGCCGAGGCCGUAGCGAAAUGUCAUGUUUCAUUGAAAGAGGAGCUUCAACCAUACGAAGCGAAUUUCCACCCUGUCGCAUCAAGGGGGGGGGGAGGUAAGAAACCUAUAACCAAGCGGAUUGGUCACCCCUUUGUAGCCAUGAACAUAAUUCCACAUGAAGACCAGUUCAUUACCAAAGGAACCUUGGAUAAGUGGGAUUAUUGCUUGCGUCGGCUGUUUGUCUUAAAGUCAACGCCCUUAACGCGCUGUAUCAACUCGCUAGCUCCUGGUGCAUCGAUUCUCCUCAAGGCGCUUACCGAUCCGACCCUGCCAUUCGAUCAGCGGGUUGAAGUCAACAAAGCGCCGCGUGGACUGACAGUCGCAGAUUGGGCAUUGCUUGUUCGCGCGUUUGAUCAAUGGCCAUUCGCACCGGAGGUCUGUGCAUGUAUGUCAUAUGCUCCCACUGAUGCUCACUGUCUUGCCUGUAGGACCUCAUGA